UGACAGCGGCAACGUGUUUCGCUCUUUUUCCUUGUGAACUGUUAAGAUGGCGGUCGGUAAAAAUAAGGGUCUGUCCAAAGGAGGCAAGAAAGGUGGUAAAAAGAAGGUGAUUGAUCCUUUUUCAAGAAAAGAUUGGUACGAUGUGAAAGCCCCAAAUAUGUUCACAACCCGUCAAAUCGGUAAAACUUUGGUAAACCGUACCCAAGGAACGAAAAUCGCUUCCGAAGGUUUGAAGGGUCGCGUGUUCGAGGUCUCCCUGGCCGAUUUGCAAAAGGAUGGUGAUGCUGAGCGUUCUUUCCGCAAAUUCAGGUUGAUCGCUGAGGAUGUCCAAGAACGUAACGUUCUUACCAACUUCCAUGGUAUGGAUUUGACCACAGACAAAUUCAGGUCAAUGGUCAAGAAAUGGCAAACCCUCAUCGAAGCCAAUGUUGAUGUGAAGACAACCGAUGGUUACUUGCUUCGCGUCUUCUGCAUUGGAUUCACUGCCAAGGAUCAAUUGUCCCAGCGCAAGACUUGCUACGCUCAGCAAUCUCAAGUCAGGAAGAUCCGCAACAAGAUGGUGGAGAUCAUCCAACGUGAUGUCGGAGGUUCGGACUUGAAGGGCGUCGUUAGCAAACUCACCCCCGAUUCCAUUGCCAAGGACAUUGAGAAGUUGUGCCAGGUGAUUUAUCCUCUGCACGACGUCUACAUUCGCAAAGUCAAGGUAUUGAAGAAGCCCCGUUUCGAUUUGUCGCGACUCUUGGAGUUGCACGGAGACGGUGGUGGCAAGGGCACCGAAGGUGUUGUGUCUGAAGGCGCUGUUGUCGAGAGGCCCGAAGGCUACGAGCCACCAGUACAACAGUCGGUUUAAUUUUAUUGAAAAAUUAUUUUUACAAAAAUAAAUGAUGCGAAACAUGAAA